AUGCCGGCAUAUCUCGCUGAUAUCGGCUAUCAGAACCCUGAGCAGCCGGAUAAUACCCUCUCUCACUAUGCUACCGGUACAGAUUUCUUUGCUUAUAUCCGGAGCGAUGAAGCUCGUCAAACCCGGUUCAAUUCCUCCAUGAAAGGGGCGGGCCAACAAUUGGUCCAAAGCCCUGUACCAGCCGCAGCUCUCGAUUCUCAAAACACCAACGAGGACGCGGUGCAAAUGGUCGAUGUCGGCGGCGGUAUAGGUCAAGUCACUGAGAAGGUUAUGCAAGAAAACUCGCAUCUGAAAGGUCGCUAUGUCUUACAAGACCUCGGGCCCAUUGUUGAAGAGGCUCGUGCUAAACAGCCGAAUUAUGAGGUCGUCGAGUACGACUUCUUCACCCCACAGCCUAUUAAAGGAGCUCGAAUCUAUUUCAUGCGACGCGUUCUACACGAUUUCCCCGACUCCAAGUGCCGCGAGAUUCUCCAGAAUCAGAUUCAAGGCAUGGUCAAAGGCCAUUCCAAGCUACUAGUCUGCGAAACAGUACUCCCAGCUACAGGCUGCAGUGGCUUCGAGUCACUUGCGGACAUUAGUCGAACAACCUUCAGUUCGAUGCAACGAAGUGAAAAGCAUUGGAGAGCGCUGCUCGAUAGCGUGGGACUGACCGUCGUCAAAGUUUGGCCUCCUAGAGGAGGUCCGUUUUCAACGAUAGAGGCUGAGUUGAAGUGA